AAUCCAAAUUCCAGUUCACCCGUAGAAGAGGCAGUACAGUUCUUCUACUUAGCUCGCUGCAAAAUAAUGAGCACCAACUUGUUCUGACAGUGAGAGCUCUACUAUAGCAUCUUCUACAGAAGAUGGGUGGGAAGAGAGUAUUGAAAAUGUGCACCUUGGCAUUUGUUCUGUUGGGUCUUGCAAGCCUUCAAGAGGCAAUGUCACAUGGAGUUCACCCACUCUCCAAAAUUGCUACUCACAAGACAACAUAUGCUUUUGAUGACCGCGCCUAUGUUAAUGUCACUCCUACUGUUCUUGGAGCAAAGGGGGAAACUACAGUCUGGGUGACAGUGGACUUUAGUUCUCCAACCCCAUCUAAUGAUGAUUGGAUUGCAGUGUUUUCUCCUGCUAAUUUCAGUGCUGCCACAUGCCCCAAAGACAACCCAUAUGUGCUACCUCCAUUGUUGUGUACUGCACCUCUCAAGUAUAAAUAUGCAAAUUACACCAGCCCUAACUACACAAAAACAGGAAAAGGGUCAAUGAAGUUUCACUUGAUUAAGCAGAGAUCAGACAUCUCCUUUGCACUCUUCACCGGUGGCAUAUCAAAUCCAAAGCUAGUGGCAGUGUCAAACAAGGUAGCUUUUGUAAAUCCAAAUGCUCCAGUCUAUCCACGCCUAGCACAAGGAAAAGUUUGGAAUGAAAUGACUGUAACAUGGACAAGUGGAUAUGGAAUUGAUGAAGCAGAGCCUUUUGUAGAAUGGGGUCCAAAAGGAGGAGCCCAAGUGAGAUCCCCUGCUGGGACACUUACUUUUGAUCGGAACACCAUGUGUGCUGCACCAGCAAGGACAGUAGGAUGGCGUAACCCUGGAUACAUACACACCAGUUUUUUGAAGGAGUUGUGGCCCAACAAAGGGUAUACAUACAAGCUGGGGCAUAGGUUGUUUAAUAGUACAUUUAUUUGGAGUCAAGAAUACUGGUUUAGAGCGUCUCCUUAUCCUGGUCAAAAUUCUUUGCAACGUGUGAUCAUAUUUGGAGACAUGGGAAAGGGUGAAGCUGAUGGUUCCUUUGAAUUUGAAGAUUUCCAGCCUGCAUCUCUGAACACUACUAAGCAGCUUAUUGAAGACUUAAAUGACAUUGAUAUAGUCUUCCAUAUUGGAGAUAUAGUCUAUGCUAUGGGUUAUAUUGCACAGUGGGACCAGUUCACUGCACAGAUUGAGCCAAUUGCAUCAACUAAGCCUUACAUGAUUGGAAGUGGUAACCAUGAGCGUGACUGGCCAGGAACUGGAUCCUUCUACCAGAACAUGGAUUCAGGAGGAGAGUGUGGUGUGUUAGCCGAGAACAUGUUUUAUGUCCCCGCUGAGAACAGGGCUAAUUUCUGGUACUCCACUGACUAUGGCAUGUUCCGAUUCUGCGUAGCUCACACUGAACUUGAUUGGAGAGAGGGAUCAGAGCAAUACAAGUUUAUCGAGAACUGCCUCGCAUCAGUUGACAGACAAAGACAACCAUGGCUAAUCUUUCUUGCGCAUAGAGUACUAGGUUAUUCUUCUGUGGACUUUUAUGUGGAAGAAGGAUCGUUUGAGGAACCAAUGGGAAGGGAGGACCUCGGAAAACUUUGGCAGAAGUACAAGGUUGACAUUGCCCUCUAUGGCCAUGUGCACAAUUAUGAAAGAUCAUGCCCGGUCUACGAGAAUAUCUGCACCAGUCAAGAGAAACACAACUAUAUAGGCCCCUUGAAGGGAACGAUUUAUGUGAUUGCUGGAGGAGGAGGAGCAAGCCUUCAUGAAUUUGCUCCCAUCAAUACCACGUGGAGUAUAUAUAAAGACUAUGAUAACGGAUUCGUCAAACUUACCGCAUUUGAUCAUUCACACCUUUUGUUUGAAUACAAGAAGAGCAGGGAUGGAAAAGUGUAUGACUCUUUCACAAUCUAUCGAGAUUAUAGGGACAUCUUGACCUGUACUGUUGAUAGUUGCCCAGAAGUUACACUAGCACAGUAGUAUCUUGGUACAGAUAUAAGGGAAAUUUUUGUUGAUGUGUUCAUUAAUGUUGUGUGUGCUAGCAGUUCCUCAUCAUGUUCUGCUGCUUUAAUAUUUAUUAUUCUGAUUAAUCAAGUCUAAGAAACUGAGCCUUUUAUUA